UAAUGGGGCGUUGCCAUGACAGGACAAAGCCUGAAAGGGAAUAAAAGAGAGAGAGCUAAUGAGCACAUCUCAGUCAUCGACAGAAACGGAGGCAGACAAAUCAGCAAGGUGCCAAUGCUGAACAGAACAAUGAAGUUGUUGGUCUUGGCUUUAACUGUUGCCCUGCUAUUUACAGCCGGUGAAGCUUUGAACUGCCACCGCUGUGUUCCAAAAAAGGCAGGAGGAGACUGUGAGCUGGUUGUAGAGACAUGUAAACCCGGGAAGGAUGGCUGUGCUGCUGCCAACUUCCUCAGAAAGCCAUAUGGACAUUACCAGAAAUGCAUGGCUUUGGAAGACUGCGAAAUACUGAAGAUGAAUGCCUACAUUGAUAUCAAGUGCUGUAGUGAAGACAUGUGCAACACCUUAUAAAAUUCACUAUCGAUAUCAAAGAAAAUUACCGUGUACUGCAGUGGAGUUCGAGCAAGACACUUAACCCCCAGCGACUCCUGCAGACUGCAGCUGCUGCAAGCUGCCUCCCAGGUGUGAAUGCAUACAAGCAGCUAUUUUUAGAAAACUCUACUCUGUAAUUCCCUUGCCCUGACAAAUAAAACAGCUUGAAAAAGA